AUGCUUUUGACAGGUAAGUAACCUGAUUUCCACGCGAGGCAAGUGUAAAUUGCAUGCACAAAUUUACAAGGUGUUUCAACUUCGCAAUGGCUAUACGUUUGUGACUUUCGACAAACAAGCCUUUCUAUAUAUUUCAGGCAUAUUUGUAUUAUUCGUUGCCUCAGACACUCUUGGUGAAUUUGAAGGCAUCGUUGAUACAGAUUCGUUCUCAGAUGGCAAUAAUUGCAGCACCACCGACAGUUUCGUUAUUUUCCGCACGCCAAGUGGAACGCAACGCGACGAAGGAGAAAUCGUAGCCGAUGUUCUAAUUGACGGGCCUAGAAAUGACACGAAUAUCUCACAUUUGAAGACACCUGUAGACUGGAACAAUUGGACGCCGAAACUUCAAUUUCCUACAACCAGCAGCGAAAAGCAAUAUAAAAUGGCAAAUCUGCAUUUGGACCGAGGAAUGUUCGUUUUCGAUUUCCUACGGAAAUUCCUGUCGCUUAUUCAACCUUACGACGUGCCUGUCGUCGAUACACCUAGAAGCAACAUUGUUAGUAGUGUUCGGUAUGUGCUGUAUUUUAUGCUGUGUAAUACCUGGAAUAGAGCUUUGGCUUGCGUGUCGUCCAAUAAGGGAGGAUUACAAACCGAGUCAACAUCCUAGCGUGCUUACGUUUUCUCUCGCAUUUUUCGUCUGCAUACUCGGAUUCGGCAUGAUCACGAUGAUCGUGUGCAACGAAACGACAUCCGCAAGCGUGGAAAAAUUCCCGGUCGUCGUUGAAACUGCCUUGCAAGACUUGAACGAUUAUCACACCAGCACAACAAUUCAAUUACGCAAAUGUCUCUCGAGGAGCUUGGAUGUGGCCAGCGAGGCAAUCCUUGCAGAUUUAGACAACAUAGAAGAAUUACUGGGCAGGCCAGUGCAGACUGAAUUAUCCACUGAAACAGGAUUGGACAACACGUUGAACAUGCUUGUAGAUCUCGUAAAUGGUACUUUUACUACAUUCGAAUUUUUCUAUUCUUCGCUCGUCGCUAUGAUAUUAUUGUAUUACUGUAUUAUUUCAGCUAGUCAUCGAGUGUCGAACAAUGUUGAAUCACUGUUAAGCGACGGUGAAAAUAUUCGUAGCCUCGGCAAGCAAUUAAGCAGAGAAAUGGACGAUUUACGUCGGAAUUUGGAAAGUGCGUUGAGAGCUUGCACCGGUCAAGAUCGUCCUCUAUGCACCAUCAUCGAUUCUACUGGAUUACGGUUAACAUUGCGGAUCGAUCAGGUAAAUCCAGUUCAAGCAGCAACAAAUGUACAACACACUGAUCGUUGUUGGUAUCGAUUGCAGUUCCUCAGCGACAAUCACUUGCAAUAUUUACGGGAUUUCAAACGUGAAAAUUUCACGGAAACCAUUCGUCAAGCUCGGGGAGAAUACACGUACAUUCCGCAGCACGUCGCAAGGAACAGCCUGGAAAUUCGGAAUCAAAUCCGACGUGAAGUGAAUAAAAUGCGUGCCAGAAUCUUCGAUGAGGCACGGAACAUGGAGGCGAGCAAUUCCGAGCUCGUCAAGCAAUUGGAAUUUGCAAGACACCUGGUAGAUUAUACGACGCCGUAUGUAAUAGUCUUCGAGCAUGCCAGAUGGCUCAUAGGUAUC